GUUCAACUCCAUGGAUGGACUUCUGCCUAGCCAGUAAAUCUCUGUCGACACUUCAGCCUCGUUGAUGGGGUUCACAACGCUGUCCUCCACUGGUUGGCACAAUACUGAACAGGCUACAAGGCGCAAAAUUCUGUCGAACGACCACAUGCCGUUGCUGCUGCAGAAAGCCGUGUUCCCCGUACUGCAGGCGCCUCUGAACACCUACCUUCCAUGUCGUGAAACACAGCCUCACUCACCACCAGGACUCUCAAAGUCACUGGUCUUUUCAGCCGAUGUCCUUCUGUGACUUAUGCUCUCUAUCAGUGUUAUCUAGCAUCGUCGACUCGCAGUGAUCCUAUUUCGAGUGUCUCUCGCCUACUUACACCCUCCUUCGCAGUCGAACAGAGAGCCCGCCAUGUCCAACCAGACCAUCCUGAGAAUUUCAAGAGAAAUUACUCAGAUUCAGCAAGGAAGUGAUUUGUCCAUAGCUGUAGCUUGCGAGGAAAAAGAUGUGCGUUCUGUCAAAGCCCUGAUUAUCGGCCCUCCGACAACUCCUUACGAGUACGGCUUCUUCGAGUUUACCGUCAAGUUCGGCACCGAAUAUCCCAGUAAACCUCCCAAAGUCGAUGCAAAAACCACAAAUGGUGGCAGAACACGGUUCAACCCAAAUAUCUAUGCAGGCGGCAAAGUCUGCCUCUCCAUCCUGGGUACCUGGCAUGGUGAAAGACCCGGGGAGGAGUGGUCCUCUGCACAAGGCUUAGAGUCGAUACUAUGGUCCAUACAAAGUCUUAUGUCAAGCAAUCCAUAUGAAAAUGAGCCAGGAUACGAGCAUGCUAAGGGCAAGGAGGAUCAGAAGAUGAAUGAAUUGUACUGUGCAAAGAUCCGACACGAGACUAUCCGGAUAGCAGUCAUCGCCAAAUUGGAGGACGCCCUAGGCAUUCAGGCUGAUGGAAGGGUCAUGACUCCAAGCGACACGCCCAAAUACUCGUCCGCAGAAGAAGACACUACUGAUGAAGAAGAGAAAACCGAAGUCCCGGAGAAAAUCAAGUUUGAGCCCUUUAAGGAUCUGUUCAAACGACGAUUCUUGUGGUAUUUCGAGCACUAUAUGUCAACCAUUGUCGAGCACAGUCCUAAACACAAGGAUGGGUCAGACUUCGCCAAGAUGCCGUUUGAAGGAGGAGGCAAUACCAUGGAUGGCAAGUUCCAGUAUGCCAACCUGGGAAAGAGAUUGGUGCGAAUCAAAGAAGUGCUUCGAGAGGAGACCAACAAAUGGGCUGCCGAGGGUUUGGCACUAAAGAGACGAGAAUCUUCCAAAGCCGCUAGCGUCCAACGUCAAUUCGAACAGAUCGGGGACUACCUGAAGAGAAAGAACUGCCAUAAUAUCAGUAUCGAGUUGGAGAACAACAACCCGUAUGUAUGGAUUCUGACAUACUUUGGCAAACCCAGCACACAUCUCGAUGGCGGCAUCUUCAAGAUUCGAGUAAGCAUCAGCCCUCGCUUCCCUGAGGAACAACCCCGGGUCAGAGUCGAAACGCCAGUCUAUCAUCACAGGGUCUCGAAGGACGGAGUCUUGUGCUAUUUUCCUAAGAAGGAAGAUGAGUUGCGAAAUCAUAUCGAGGCCAUUGCAGAAUCCUUGGAAGAGGAAUGCCCUCCUUAUGAUCCCCGGACUAUCGUUCAUCCAGAAGCUGCCAAACUGCUCUGGGGUUCCGAUGACGAUAAGAAGAGAUACUUCCGGCAGCUUAGGAGAUCAGCUCAGCGCACGACCGAGGUGACUGGAUAGAAGACGGUCAAUUCGUCUGCUGGUGAACAUAUGCGCUACUAGCAUGCGGUGCGCGUUGAUGGUAGGGGCGGAACAGCGGGAACGUGUGCGAAUUUUAGCCUGGAGUCAUGGAAGUUCAAGGUUUGAAGUCGUCUUUGCAUUAUGGCAAUAUUCCAGGCGCGAAGCUAUGGUUGAGAUUUCUCGUGCCAGGGUCCAUGUUCGCAAUGUAUGCUGGCAACGAAAAGCAGAUCCCUUUACAUCCUGGUCUCUGUCGGAGAAGGAAGUUCCUAAAGAGGCUCGAACAGCUUCACGCGCUUAACACAAAAUAAUCGAGGAUUUAUCGUCUCUUGAACGAGUCGUCCUGGAUAUAGCUUGCGAUAUUGCUCCAAUGGCCAUGACCGAGAAUUUUGUGGACUUCUGCGCGCGCCACAAGAACGUGGGCAGUUCCGGGGUCCGGAUGGCAACUCUCAGGGGUCAUUAAAGUAAAUCCACUCCGAUCUUCAACCCCAG